CAUAUUGUAAAUGUUUGUUGCGCAGAGAAAAUUUAAGACGUCACAAUAAUAAUUCUUUAGUGCUAGUAAAAAAUCGAAAAAUAAAUACAUUUGAAAAGUAAAACGCGGAAACUGUGGGUGAUGGAACCUAUGUUUGUUCUGGACAUUGGUUUAGUGGAGCCUAAUGGUUUUGAAGCAGUUAAAAUUAUGCGUGGAGAACAAUAAAUUGAGAAUGGUCGGCUUGUGUUAUUAUAAUUAUUUGUAAUGAUGGAAACUAAUAUUUUAAAAGUUUAAUAUUCGUGCAUCAGAGGAACCGGAGGUUCCUUUGAAAAUGGAGGAACUAUGUUUGGUCGAGAAAGCCAAACAGUUUGACAUUGUCUAUGAGUUAAAGGAAUAUCAAGUGAAUGUUAAUGCAACGCCAAUGCAUAGUUCUGUUUCAAGACCCACUACAGUAUUAAAAAAGAGGAAAACAUCUCUUAUUUAUAUAACCAAAAUUUUCGCUCUUCGAGGCAAAUCAAACAAUAGUUGGUGCAAGCAUCGAUUUCGGACGGCUUUUUUUAUUUUUUUCAAUAUGCGAAAUAUGCUUCAAAACCAAGGUCGGCUGGGAUUUUACAUAUUUUUGCUCUUUAUUGCGUUUCACCACAUUUCCUUAUCGCAGUCGCAAUACCUUGAAAAUGAUAAUUUACUGGGUAACAGAACAUAUUUCCAAACAAAAUUAAAUGGACAAGUCAAUAGCACCAAAACUGAAAAGGACUAUAUGGAAAAGUAUAGCAAGUUUGAAAACAGUGUAGCCGCUGUGUUGAUAAAAGUUGCUUAUGGCACUACAUCUACAACAAAACGAAGUAUCCCUGAAAAUAAUUAUGGAUUAAGUCUUACCACCGUUGCCACACCGUUUUUGACAACUCAAAGGUACAAUCCUGCACACCAGCAACAUGGAGUCAAUGGUCGACAAAGAAACUAUGAACUAGAUUUAGAAAGAGAUCAUGCAUUACCAACUUCUGCCCCCAAUGCUGACAUACUUAAAAGUAAUAACAAUCCGACUUACCCAAAUCCAAAUCGUCAUCAUUCUCAUGAAAGAGAUCGACACCGAAAUAAUUUGCAGUAUAAUUCUACACCGAAUCCGUUAGUCUCUAACAUUAUAAAAAAAGCAAAUGGAGCGCAACCUCCUACAAUACCAAUGUAUUCAGGAGAUGUCCCGUCAUAUUCUCCACCUUCGAGAACAUUUUUCACUCCACCGCUGCCACCUGAAUUUAAAAACCCAUUUGCUGACAAACCAACAUUGCGAGGCUCUAAUAAUGAAGGACUCUUAACAAUUAACAGACGACCGAUUCCACCCCCAAGCCUAAUGCCCAGUCAAGACAGAAUACCCAUACGACCUCCAGAAUUGUCUGGAAACAGCAACGAUCCAAUAUUAACAUCUUCAGAGGAUGUCAGUUCUGUCAACGGUGGCUUAAAUAAUAAAAAAUCCUAUUCGUUUAACAGUGAAUUUGGUACAAUGCCAGAUAUCGACGGAUUCGAUAAAAAAAAGAACCUUAAUACACCAGCACGCGCAAGCAGUGAACAAUUGUUAAAUCAAACGGUUAAGUCAAGGGGACCAGAGUCCCAAUUACAAGAUACUCUUGAUCCUAUUAAAAAGCAGGAAGUUUUGCCUAACAUAAGGCGUAUUCUAGGAUCAACUGGAAACAAUGGGGAUAUACCUGCGGUUCUGUUAAAACAAGUAACCCAGCGACCCAUUCUAAGCGUUCGUCAGCCACCAUCUUCUCCAAAAGUACUAAGCGAAAACACUUUAAAAAACGAUGAUCAUUUUGAUGGUGAUCAAUCUUCAGGGGCUAGUCAAAAUAUUAAUCAGAGCAAAAAUGUACCAGGCCACUUAGACUUUUAUGAUAAGGCAAACCAAAGCACAGGUACUACGCCAUCGGCAGCAGCUGCCAUUGGAGAUUCGUCAGCUACUUCACUUUCAUACGCUACUACAAAUGCAGGAGAUUUAGAAAAGACCUCAAAAAUUAGUAAUGAAAAGGAAUCGGAGGCGAGCCGUGGAAGCCGAAAUCGUGAAGUUUCUGCUGCAGCAGCUGCAUCUGCACAUACAACAUGGACUUGGGCAUGGAACAUACACAUUUAUCUGUCGGUUGUGCUAUUUACUAUCUUAUCUGUAUAUUUGUUUUACAAACUCCUUACAUACAAUAAGCUCACACAUUUAUUUACACAAUCUUAUUUUGUGUGUAUCAAUCUAACACUUAUUGUUAUAUGUAUAAUGAGAAUAUUUUUUCUUUGCUUCGAUGCUUAUAACAUUCAUGGUACCUUUAAUAUAUUUUCGGCCGAGCUAUUGUUAAACCUCCCGUCAACCUUUUUAACAGUUGCAUUUUCUGUGUUGAUAUUAUUCCUGUUUUUAAAAUCAUUGAAUCACAAAAAUAAUCGAUAUUCAGCUCUAAUAAGACCAUUGACUGUCGUUGUGGGCUGCGGCGUUCACGUUGUUCUUUGCGUUACUCUGCAUUAUGUUGAAUCUUAUACUUUACGAAACCAAAAUUUAUACUUUCAACAACAACAGCAGCAGCAAUAUUUUCGUCGCCAGCAACUAUAUUAUCAACAAAAUCAAGGUAAUACACCAGGGACGCCUUCCACUCUGGUCAGCUUACCUCAGGCUCCCCGUGUAUUGACUCUUAUCUGUCAGAUAAUUUACAUAUUUAUAUGCCUCAGUUUAGGGUUCUUGUACUUGUACUUAUACCGCAUUUUGAAACGCAUUCUGCGCAGUAAAUCUCAAAACUAUAUUCAUGGCUACCAGAAUCUUUCUUACGCCAUACACAUCACAAUUGCAACUGCUUUGUUGUUUGUACUUAUGGCAGGUUUACAAAUAUUUGGGGCUAUAUGCAUCUCAACAUCCCGUCAAACUAACAUGUUUGAUGUCGAUUGGCUUCAAUGGGGAUAUCAGUUCUCCUUACGCCUCUUAGAAAUUUCUAUAAUAGCACUUAUUUCAUGGGUAACUGGACUUAAAACCAAUAUCGGACACAAUUCGCAAAAUGUUGCAAACGGUGAAGUUCGCACAACUGGUGCUAAUAUGUCCGCCAUGGGGGCAUACGGCCAGGCAGAAAAUCCUAGUAACAAUGUUAUGCGACAGAAAAAUAUCGCCAACGGAAAUGGAAACCACAACUCAAAUGUUACAAACUUUUUUUUGCCAUGCACAUCAAGUUCUAGCCAGGAGCACUUUGAAACCGAUUACCCUGCUAUUUGUAAUACAAAUACGAAUCUUCAUACUUAUACAAUGCGUACAGGGAAACUUAUCUACGACGAUAGCUACGCUCUGAAUUCCAUUGGUUCAGUUCCAGGCACAUCUUCGCACGGCUAUCAGCUGCAGGAGCCAAUGUAUCAAAGACCUUAUGAUACGGGGUCCAUUUGUAGUACCAUUAACAGCCAGAACAUAGGGGAGUAUGCGUCUCAAACAACACAAAAAUACCACCAUAAUGAUCAAACACAUCAAAAGCGUUUUCAAGAAGCAGCAGGUUAUAUAAGUAAAGACUGUUUGACCGAUUCCACCCCAGACCACUAUGAGAACCCAAAUUUUAAUUUACGUUCGAAUUCCACUAGUAGCAGCAUACAAAGUAAAAGUAAUGAUCAAAAUAAAAUCGGUGUACCAUCCUUUUCGGCAUCAAAAUUUUCCCAGCAACAAGUAUUACUGGAAUGCGAUAGCUAUUCGGAACCGCUUAAAGAGGAAAACACAAGGUAUGAAUUCAACACUUUCGAGCGCCCCGUAUUUAAAGAUAAAUGUCUUAAAAUUGUUCAAUCUAACAUAGAAUGCAGACAGGAGCGUGACCACCACAAUGGGCGAGACCAAAAUCUUAACAGAACACUGGAAUGUAACAAUUUUGAAGGUGACGCUUCCCUACCUGGCCCUGGCGAUGGGCGGUGGGCGGUUAGCUAUAAUUCAUUCGACCAAGGAACUUUUAAUGGCAUAAGAAAGAGUGGCACAUCAAGCAGUAUUGCUAAUAGUGGUAGUGGAAUAGCUCUGGUUGGAGUGCCGCACGUCUUAGAUUCGCCAAUCGUAAUAGCUGGCACUAAUCACAUAACAACUACUUGUGCCCAGACGAUAUCUACUAAAAAUAGAGAGAAAGCCCAUUAUUAUCAAAAAGCUCGUCAAGGUAACGGCAGAACGUGUGGUAAUGAGUUUUUUAAAAUUAAUUCUCGGAAGCAAAACCAACUACAUGAACUGCCUUAUGAUCAUGAUUCGGAAGAAGAUGAGGAGGAAGAUGACAUAACAUCAGAAAGUAAUGUUGAGUGUACAAACUUAAUAAGUAAUGAAAACGGGGAUUUAUUUACUGCUGAAGUGAAUACACAAAAUUCUCAUUCCGUUAAUGGCAAAUCUUCAGUGAUAUGUGUUGCUCCUGCUCGAAACUUUUCCCAUGACCCUCUGUCAAAUACGUAUGUUCACGGACAUGGACACCUUAAAAAUAAUAAACUAUGCUCUGAAUUGAGCACGAUUUCCUCAGCUUCGGUUGCAUCUGUCUCUUCCAACUCGUGCGCAACUUCUAGUGCAUCAGAUAGCAUGUUAGUGACAGAUCAAGGAUUUCUACGUUUUCGAUCAAUAGAAGAUUCAAAAAGCUCUCAAAUAGGUUUAGAGGCAAAUGAUAAAGAGACCUCUCGUCGCCACAAAGGUUGCAGUGCAACCGUGAACGGCAUCGAUUGCUAAAAUUUUAACCCAGAGAUACAUAGCUUGGCGUGCAAGCAGGCACAAAUCAUCUUUUUAUAAACAGCUACCAAAUCAAUAUUCUUUAAAUUGUCCGUUUAUGCCAAUAACAGUAGGUAAACCCCUCACUUUCUACUAUCUACAGAUAUGUGAUAUACAUAGAUAUAAAAAACGUAGCGAACUUAAGCUAAAUUAAAUAAUCACAUAAACAAUUUUUACGAUAUGCCAGAAAAUUUGUACAUUGAUCCCUCUUAAAAUUAACAUACACUAAAAAAAAUAAUUCAUUGAAAACACAUAUUAAAUAUAUACUUACUAAGCGUCUUUAACUAAUAAUUUAUUUAAAUAAGUGAUAUCCAAAACAAUUUUCUUACUCCAAAUCUACAUUACAUUAUAUUGAACAUUAAAACAAAUAUAUUACGUCUAAAAACAUAAAAAAUUUUAUACUUCAUCUGCCCGCUUGUUUACUUAAAAAUAUGUUUUCUCUUGUUUAAAUAUUUAAUUUAAUAUUGUGCAGAGUCUUUGUAGUUGAACAAUUUAUUAUUCUGAUAAAAAUAUUGAAACAAAAAUAAGCUAUUAUUUUUUACAAAAGAAAAAAUACAUUUUUUUAUUAGAACUUAUUAUUGAAAUGAGAAAUCGACGAUUUAAGGUUUAUUAAACCUACUUGUAAAUAUUCAAUACAUACAAAAAUGAACACCGAAGUACAUAAUACUGCAAAUGCGCUUGCGCUUUGUUUGCUUCGUCUAGGCCACAAAAUAUACAUUUUUAAACAAUUUUAGGAUUAAGCAAAUUCAUAUGCUUUUAAUAUGGAAUAAACAGCCUGUUAAAAUAAAACGUUAAUAUAUAGUACUGAUUAGUUAAGGCUUUUGCAUUUUCUAUUGUUAAAAACAUGUAUUCUAAAGAUAAUUACUAUUAUAAGAGUAAAACUUAAAUUAAUAAUUAUAUGGUUAAAAUUAUAAUGAAGCAUAUUUAAGCACCUUAUCAUCAAUCAUUAAAUGGAGUGUCAUGGUUAAAAUUCUUUAAAUGAAUUAUAAUAAAUAUAUCUAUGUAUACUCUAUUUGUACGUACUACCAACAGUCUUUCUAAAUUAUUACUCUACUUUGUACACAUUGAUAGAGACUAGAAGGACACAUAUUUUCGAUGUAACUAAUUUUAAUACCCUAGCCAGGAAAAAUAAAAAUUUGAAAUAUAAA